AUGGCACCCACGGUGUUGCGCAUCGGCAAUCUGUCGGACGCGAUGCAGGAGUGGAAGGCGCUAGGCUCCAAGUACACGCUCUUGGAGUUCCCGUCCGGGACGCGCGAGGAGUUCCUGGCAAACUGCCGUGACGGCGUCUACGACUCCGUGGUGGCGUGUUACCGAUCGAACGGCUCGACGAGGUAUACGGGGCGCUUCGACGCCGAACUUGUCGACGCCCUGCCCAAGUCCUGGAAGUAUGUUGCGCAUAACGGCGCCGGCUACGACACUGUCGAUGUAGAUGCCUGCUCGCGCCGACAGAUUGCGGUCUCGAAUACGCCCGUUGCUGUUGAUGAUGCUACGGCGGACGUGGGCGUGUUUCUCAUGCUUGGUGCACUAAGAAUGGCGCACUUCUCCAUCACAGCCCUUCGCGCAGGUAAGUGGAUGGGCGAUACACCGCGCGGCCACGAUCCCAAAGGCAAGACGCUCGGGAUACUCGGGAUGGGGGGGAUAGGAAGAGCAUUCGCGCACCGCGCGCGCGCCUUCGGUAUGCGCAUCAUCUACCAUAACCGUCGACGUCUGGACCCCGCACUCGAACAAGACGCCGAGUACGUGUCGUUUGACGAUUUACUCGCAAGAUCAGAUGUGCUAUCUCUUAACCUCGCGCUGAACCCGUCGACGCGCCACAUCAUAGGCGCGCCGGAACUAGCGCGCACCAAGCCCGGCGUCGUGAUCGUGAACACGGCGCGGGGCGCUCUCAUUGACGAAGCCGCGCUCGUUGAGGCGCUAGAUUCCGGUCAUGUAUCGGCUGUAGGGUUAGAUGUGUAUGAGCACGAACCGGAGAUUCAUCCGGGCCUGGUCAAAAAUGAGAGAGCGUUCCUGCUUCCUCAUGUCGGGACAUAUACGGUUGAGACGGCGCGCGAAAUGGAACUCUUGGUGUUGAAGAACCUCCAAGCGGCUGUCGAUGAGGGUAAGAUGCUUACGCUCGUUUCUGAGCAGAAAGACUUGGAAUGGGCACCGGCAACGAAGGCUUUUGACGCAUGA